CACGACUAAAGUGCGUUUAAACAAUGUCCUUGUUUCCGGCGUACGGUCUAGAUAACGACGAUCAAACAACAAAAGUUGUUAGCAAAUCUGAACUUGCAUGGUUGACAAACCAGAGCUUUAUACCGUUCGCCGUCAACGACGAUGAAGGAACCUCCGGAGCGCAAGAUGCAGAACUAAUUCAUGAAGAUAGCCUUCCGGAACCUCAUCACAAGCCCUCAAAAUACACCGAAGAAAAAGCGAAAAAACGAAAAGCAAAACAUAAGAAGAAGCACAAGGGAAAACAUUCAAAACGUAGCAACAGCAGCAGUUCUUCGUCAAGUGGGCCUACCUUCCCGUGCGCUGAACAAAUCCGCAUAGCUGAAGCGGACUUCUAUACCGACGUGGACCCCUUGAAGAUAUAUUUAAGUGUUGAAAAACUACAUCGUCCCGCUUGCCCUCGGUACCGGUUGCGAACGAAGAAACCCCUCGGCGCCCCGAGUGAUCGGUCAGUACCGAAUGAGCGGUACAAGCGGUAUUACCGCGUGCAGCGAAAUGCACAUAAACGUGAGGAAGCAAAGGAAACACAGCAAGAAGUAAACGAUCGCGAGGAAGCUAUGGAACGUUCGCUGCGCACCGAAGAGACAGCCGAGAAGUGGAUCGAGCUGAUACAUUUCCGACAAUCGCACCCACUUCCAAACCUCGAUAGCUACCAGAACCACAAGCGUGAACUCACACUCAUCGAGCGGGCCCGUCGCAGGCUUCCGGCGGAUGAAACGUUGCUCGGUCUCUAUCUGAAUGCGAUCGUGCGUGUGCAUCCCACCGACGAGGUGCUAGAAUUGGUGCGCAAAGCGAUCACGAAAGAUGAAACGAAUAUCAGCCUGUGGCGGGCACUUAUUGGCAACAAACAGUGCUCGAUGGCGCAGUGCAUUGUACCGGAUGUCUUGAAGCUGUACGAGAAGAGUACCCGUGCACUGUUCAUGGCACGCCGGAGUGACGAAACAAUGUUGCAGUUGUUUAAAAAUUGUGCCACCUUCUGUCGUCAGGCGGGCCUGUGUGAGCUGAUGUUUGGUAUUGUGCAGCUUACGUUGAGUAUGAACGUUAGCGAGCGGUUCGGGGCUGGCAGUGGCCUGUUCGGUUCCCCGGAACAUUUUCAACAGCUCAUCGAGUACGAAGAGUUGAUACUGAAGUCGGGCCUACCGAUGAAUGAGAUUUGGUUGCGCAUCGAGAUGCUGCGUAGUGCCUUCCACUAUUUGCCGUUUGCCGGAGGCCAGCGGCUGCUUAGCGAUCCACAGCGGAUCGUGUUGAACGAUGACGUUGUGGGCUUUGUUUAUCCGCUGAUCAACAAAGACUAUGCGUUCGAACUUACUCUGACCGUGCUGAGGUUGAUGAAGUUCCCGUUUCGGAGCGUCCACUUUGAGGCACUUGAGUGCUUCCAUGUGGAACCGUAUGAAAUCGACUAUCCCGAACAGUUAUUGGCCCUGUUUCUCGAUGUAAGCCGCAAUCGAGUGUUCGAUUUGAACAUUCAUGCGUUAAUUAAAACACUGAGUGUUUCACCAACGUUUGUUAGCACAAACUUGGCCCAUGAAGCUUACCUUGAGAUGGUACGAACGUUUCUUACCCUGGCCAUUGACCAUUUUACUGGCGAACAAAGUGCGAUACUGCUCGUUCUUUAUCUACAGUUUGAACGGACUUUAGUGUGUUGGGAGAAAGCAUCAGGUGGCCAUCAGCUGAGCGAGGCAAAAAUAAAAAUGGUUCGAGGUCGUGUGAAAAAUCUUCUCAAACACACGCAUGCUUCGAACCAGAACAAUCUGCUCGUAUACACCGAGUACGGCCUCCUGGAGUACGAAAUGGCCGGCUGUCUGGACGGACAGUGUAGAAAAAUAUUCAACACCUCGGUUCAAGUGCACGCUUCAAACGCGGAACAUGACGAUCAGCCGGAUACCGAGCAGGAGAAUGAGCUGUAUUCACUCGUGCUGGCGAUGGUCGAAGUGCUGUUGUGCAAUGGUCAUACAUUGGAGGCGAUCCGUGCGCUAACCCUCGUCACACUGAAACCUCGUGAACUUAGCUUUCAGUCAGAAAACCGCCAGAACGAGAUGACGGUACCGGAUACGAUGAAAUUGUCUGCUUUGCAACGGCUCAACGAUCGAGUUAAUGUAGCGAUGCGGAAUGAAACAGAUACCAGCUCACACACUGUUACGAUUGAGCAAUACCUUCAUCCCAAUGCUUUGAUCAAUGCCAUCAAGGCAUACGUCUUCUACCUGACGCUGACCCGGUCCGAGGGGUUUGCCGAAGCGACCAAGCAGCUCGAAACGUUUCUCUUUCUUCUCAACGAACCGGCCAACACACGGCAUCGUUUUUUGCGCGAGCAAAUGUACGGAAUUUAUCUGCAACUCUUCGAGAUCCGCCGUGGACCACACGGUGAACAGCAAGGUAGAUCCCGCGUUAACAUGAAACAAUUUCUCGAUGUGGUAGACCGCGCACUGCAAGAGUUUCCUGCCAAUCUGUACACGUUACGUUCGGUAGUGUUCAGUGAAAGCGUUCCGUGGUUUCGUUUGCGGAACGCGCUCAGUAAACAUCUAUCGCCACAAGCGGUUCUUUUAAUGGUCAUGGCGGCCCACCAUCGUGGAGCACACGUGAAUGUUGAUCACAAUUCUCAGAAAGAUUGCACGCCCUACAAGCAUCGAAUUCUGAACUUACUGUCCGGAGCAGUUAAAUCAACGGACGCUUCACUACACCAGAAUGCUCUACUGUGGCGUUUGUAUUUGCGAGAACUUUUCGAUCAACCCAACGCACCUCCCGGGUAUAGCGUGCUGGAGCAGUGCCGCAAAACGCUCUACGCUGCACUGGAAGCCUGCCCCUGGAACAAAGCUCUAUACCUGGACGGAGCGUCGUUUGCCCCGCAAGAACUAUCGCAACUGCUCGAUUUGAUGAUGGAAAAGCAGCUGAGAGUGCACGCGAUACCGGAAGAACUUGCAAUACUGCGCGACGAAUAA